CCGCGCGGGUGUCCCGCCGCCGCUGCAGGCGGGUUGGCGGGCGGCGGGCUGCAGGCUCGCUGUGGCGCGGAGCCCGGGCUGUGCAGCCCGCAGAGGGCCAUGGCCGCCUCUCCCGUUCCCGCCGGCGUCGGCCGAGUUGGAGCAUUCCCCGGCUGCGGCCCGUCGGGCUUCGCCUUCGACUCGGGACUCGAGAUCAAAACUCGCUCGGUGGAGCAGACGCUGCUCCCGCUGGUUUCCCAGAUCACCACACUUAUUAAUCAUAAAGAUAAUACCAAAAAGUCGGAUAAAACUCUGCAAGCGAUUCAGCGUGUAGGACAAGCUGUCAACUUGGCAGUUGGAAGAUUUGUUAAAGUAGGGGAAGCUAUAGCCAAUGAAAACUGGGACUUGAAAGAAGAAAUAAAUAUUGCCUGCAUUGAAGCAAAGCAAGCAGGAGAAACCAUUGCAGCACUUACAGAUGUAACCAACUUGAAUCAUCCAGAAUCUGAUGUCCGGAUCACAAUUUUUACAGACAAAACAGGAGUUGUAAAGGCUGCAAGGUUACUUCUUUCUUCGGUGACGAAGGUGCUCUUGCUGGCAGACCGAGUGGUCAUUAAGCAGAUAAUAACAUCGAGAAAUAAGGUUCUUGCAACUAUGGAAAGACUAGAGAAAGUGAAUAGCUUUCAAGAGUUUGUCCAAAUAUUCAGUCAAUUUGGAAAUGAAAUGGUGGAGUUUGCACACCUAACUGGAGAUAGACAAAAUGAUUUGCGAGAUGAAAAGAAAAAGGCAAAAAUGGCAGCAGCCAGGGCAGUUCUCGAAAAGUGUACAAUGAUGCUUCUCACAGCUUCAAAGACCUGUCUCAGGCAUCCCAACUGUGAAUCGGCCCAUAAAAACAAAGAAGGAGUAUUCGACCGAAUGAAGGUGGCAUUGGAUAAGGUAAUUGAAAUCGUGACUGACUGUAAACCAAAUGGAGAGACUGACAUUUCAUCUAUCAGUAUUUUCACUGGAAUUAAAGAAUUCAAGAUGAAUAUUGACGCUCUUCGGGAGAAUCUUUAUUUUCAGUCCAAAGAGAAUUUUUCCAUGAUGUUGGAAGUCAUCUUGGAGCGUACGGAAGACUUUACUGAUUCUGCCUACACCAGCCACGAGCACAGAGAACACAUCUUGGCACUGUCAGCGCAGGCGAGAAGAGAACUGCAGCAGUUGGUUUCUGUGUGGAUUCAAGCUCAAAGCAAGAAAACAAAAAGUAUUGCUGAAGAACUGGAACUCACUAUAUUGAAAAUCAGUCACAGCCUCAAUGAACUUAAGAAAGAACUUCAUAGUACAGCAACACAGCGGGCAGCAGAUCUAUUAAAAUACCAUGCUGAUCAUGUGGCUUUAAAAGCAUUAAAACUUACUGGAGUAGAAGGAAAUUUAGAUGCUUUGGCUGAAUAUGCCUGUAAACUCUCUGAACAGAAAGAGCAGCUUGUCGAGACCUGUCGAUUGUUGCGACAUGUAUCUGGGACAGAACCUCUUGAGAUAACCUGUGCACAUGCAGAGGAGACAUUUCAGGUGACUGGCCAGCAGAUAAUUUCUGCUGCUGAAACAUUGACAUUGCACCCAUCUAGUAAAAUUGCUAAAGAAAACCUAGAUGUAUUUUGUGAAGCUUGGGAAUCCCAAAUUAAUGACAUGUCAACACUGCUAAGAGAAAUCAGUGAUUUAUUUGAAGGAAGACGAGGAGAGAAGUAUGGCUACCUUUCACUUCCAAAGCCAGUGAAGAAUAAUGCAAACCUGAAAUCAUUAAAGCCAGACAAGCUUGACUCUGAGGAGCAAGCCAGGAUAGCCAAACUUGGACUUAAGCUGGGUUUGCUCACAUCCGAUGCAGACUGCGAAAUUGAGAAAUGGGAGGAUCAGGAGAAUGAGAUUGUUCAAUAUGGAAGGAACAUGUCCAGUGUGGCCUAUUCUCUAUAUUUAUUUACCAGAGGAGAGGAGCCACUGAAAACUUCCCAGGAUUUAGUUCAUCAACUAGAGGUUUUUGCUGCAGAGGGUUUAAAGCUUGCUUCAAGUGUACAAGCUUUUUCAAAACAGCUAAAAGAUGAUGACAAGCUUACUCUUCUCCUGGAAAUAAACAAGCUAAUUCCUCUGUGCCAGCAGCUCCAGACAAUAACUAAGACACCCUUGCAGAGUAAAGUGUCUCUAAAGAUUGACAAGUGCAUUGCAAAGGCAAGAUCCGUGAUGGCUAUCUUGGUCCAGGUUCUCUCACUUUGCUAUAAACUACUGAAGAUGGAAAACAACAGAUGGGUUUUAGUUACAAAUAAAGACACUAUGGAUGGUAAAGCUUGAGAAGAUUUUGGGGUCAGAUCUCUGGAACAUCAUGUGGCAAACCUGGCAUUUUUAGAAAACAAAUUCUUUGUAUUUCAGAGAUUCAAUAAUUUUAUAAAGAAAACAACACUGAAAUCUUGCUUUACUUCCUGAUCAUGAAACUGAUUGUGACGCUUCCUGACAACUAAUAAAUGCCAUGAAAGUUGAUAGAUUUCAAUUGCAGUGGGAUUUUAAAAAGGGAUGUUGUCAUUAAUAAUGUUCUUUAAAAGUCAAACCAAAUAUCAUGUCUCAGUGACAAUAUAAUCCAAAGAAAUUAUUUUGAAUAUGUGCUCACCUUUGGCAUAUUUGAUCUUCACUGUUUUCUAUCUUUAUUUAAACUUAUCAUUUAUACCUUAAUUUUUAGAGGGAGAUAUGCAAUAGUCUGAGGGAAUGCUGAAUUUUCGUUAAACCUUUAGACUCUUCCUCAAUCCGUUAGCCCACUGCAACUUGGGCUCCCGUGCUAUCCUUGUCACAGAUCACAGAUGCACGGCAGUAUUUCACCGUGUGCUCUAGCAGCUAUUUCACAUACGAGUUACGUUUCGUGCUGCUCAUGUUCCUCUCCCAUUCCCAAAAGCAGGGUCUUGGGGCUCACUCCAUACAAUCCUGGAAGAACUAGCUAGGAGAUGGCUUUUAGUUCUAGUUCUAGAAUAGGUGGUCUUUCUGUCCUGAAUAUUAGUUGGAAUCUGAAACUAUCUCACUAGCUUAAAAAUUAUUUUUGAGCCUUUCCUCAGAGUUCCUUCAAUGGUGACUGACAGAAUGAAAGAUCUAAAAGAUUGAAAACUAUGGAAAUAAGUUGUUUAGAAUAAAUUCUGAGUAACCAUGCUUUUCUGUACAUUGUUUUGGAAUGUUCAUUAUAAAACCAAUAAACAUCUUUAUUUUGUCUUUGUAA